GCAGCUCCUUUUCCGGGAGUGGCCAAAUGUACUUUCUCUUUUGGCAGGUUUGAUUGUUAUCAAGACAUUAAUUAUAACAGCAAUUGGUCCCCGUGUUGGACUAACUUUACAAGAGAGUUUAAGAAUAGGAUUGCUUCAGUCCCAAGGGGGGGAGUUUGGAUUUGUAGUUUUCUCUCUAGCAACAGGUAAGUUUUAGUAAAUCGUUGUGCAUGAGUGCAUGCGAUUUUUGCCUACUGAUUCCAGUUUGGAUUUAUGCCUUGUAGGCUCGGAGUGCUACUACUGGAGUUUAACAAACUGCUCAUAAUUUUUGUUGUGCCGUCAAUGGCAUUGACACCCUUUCUUAAUGACUUUGGAAGAACGGCUGCUGAUUUUAUUGGUGAAAAGUUUGAUUUGGAGGAGAAACCUGCUGACACGGUAAACUUUGAUGCUAGCAAACCAGUUGUUAUUCUGGGGUUUGGGCAAAUGGGUCAGGUCCUCGCCAAUUUCCUGGUGGCACCGCUGGCUUCUGGUGUAGAUGACGUUGCCGGGUGGCCUUAUGUGGCUUUUGACAUUGAUUUCUCUGUAGUGAAGGCAUCUAGGAAACUUGGGUUUCCAGUCCUCUAUGGUGAUGCAUCACGUCCCACAGUUCUGCAGUCAGCUGGUAUUUCUUCCCCCAGAGCUAUCAUGGUCAUGUACACAGGGAAGAAGAAGACAAUGGAGGCUGUUCAAAGGCUGCGGCUUGCAUUCCCCGCGGUAUCCUUCCCUACCACCGCAUGCACAAAAACACACAAACACUUGCACACUCACAAUAGGGGUGGGCCCCACACAUCCCUAUUGUGUGCGUGUGUGUAAGUGUUUGUGUGUUCUGUGUGUGGUCCAAUACUUAUUGAUAAUUGAAUGAAACUGCAUUACUAAUCAAAUAAAGAGGAAGAAGAAUUGCAAUAGUACUUCCAUUUUGUGUUGCUCGACAAUAAGCAGGAUAGACCUUCGAACAUGGAAUGGAUAGAACUUGGAACAUAAUGACCAUCUGGGAUAGAUUUCGUUUGUCUAUUUUAAUUUUCUUUUUCUCUACCUUGGUCCGCCAAGUGCCAGCUCUUCCAAUGAAGAGCUUAUGAAGCUCAGACCCAAAUUUCCGAAGGAAAAGCUAUUGUCCGUACUAGUCAUUAUUAUUUGUGAAGGAAAACCUUUUGAUGUCAUAUCAUUUAUUCAUUGAUGAAUUUUGCA